AUGUUGCAAAAGGGUCUCUGUAUUUUUCUUCUGCUUGCCCAUCUACCCUUGAAUCUUAUACAUGCGGCUGGAAGAGGGUUCAGUUUAGAGCUAACCAAUGUCACCUGCACCAAAUUUUCCGAUGUUAUCAGACGUUUGGACUGCAGUUGCAAAAAAAUUGCCAUGGGUCGCUAUUUAGCCAAUAUAUCGUUAAUGUUGAAUCAUACCAUAGUAAAAGAUGCCGAUGCUCAUCUCUUGGUAUAUUUCAGUCCCAUAAAAAGAGUGAAAGCAUUUAAGUUUUUGGAUUUCAAAAUGAAUAUAUGCGAUGUCUUGAGUCAAGCCAUAACUGUACCGAUAGUUAAGGUUCUGAUGGAUGAAAUGAGAAGGACCAGUAAUCUGCCAUUUUCAUGUCCCAUCAAAGGAAACUUUUUGUAUUCGGUCGCCAACUACAGAAUAGAUGCCUCAACAUUACCGCCUUAUGUGCCUAUUGUACCAUUUAAUUAUUCCUUGAGCUUUUAUAAAAAUGAUGAAAAAGUUAUGGGAAUUUUUGUGGCUGGUGCAACUGUUCCCAAGAAUUAA